AGGUCCGGUGUAUACCGGAGUCCGGAAUAUAGUACUGCCGCUCUAACUCAGUCGAUAAAAUAACAUGUAAAAAUAUAAUUUGCUCAUAAAAUUAAAGCGAUAUGACUGGAUCGUAUAACAAAUUUGUGUUAGCGUCUCUCUUAGCGGUAUUAGUGAGAUGGGGUGUUGCUUACUUUGGUUAUUCAGGUGCAGGAAAGGGUCCUAUGUUUGGAGAUUAUGAAGCACAGAGACAUUGGCAAGAAGUGACAGUUAAUCUACCAGUGGAGGAGUGGUAUGCUAACUCCAGCAGGAAUGAUUUGAUGUACUGGGGUCUAGAUUAUCCCCCUUUAACUGCCUACCACAGUAUGAUUGUUGGACUUGUUGCUAAAGUUAUAAAUGCAGACUGGGUAGCUCUCAAUACAUCUAGAGGGUAUGAAAGCUAUGAGCACAAACUCUUCAUGAGAUACACAGUUUUGUUUGCUGACCUCCUUGUGUAUUUCCCUGCUGUUCUGUGGAUAUUUACUGCAAGAAAACCAAAUCCGGAAGAUACCCAUGCUGCUGUAAAAAGCUACUUACUGAUGUUGGUGUACCCGGGCCUUAUCCUAAUAGACUAUGGACACUUCCAGUAUAACUGUAUCAGUCUAGGACUGGCGCUCGCAGCUGUUACCAGUCUAGCAGGCAUGCACGAUGCUCUUGGUUCAGCACUGUUCUGUUUGGCUCUCAACUAUAAACAGAUGGAGUUAUACCAUGCUAUGCCAUUCUUCUGUUUCCUGCUGGGAUCAUGUCUUAGAGAAUUCAAACAUGGCGGUAUUGUAAAGCUGUUAAAGAUAGGAGUGACAGUAGUGGUAAUAUUUUCUUUAUCCUGGGCACCGUUUCUUCACAGUAUUGACUCGGCAAAACAAGUUCUUCACAGAUUAUUUCCCUUCGCUAGAGGAAUUUUUGAGGACAAAGUUUCCAAUGUGUGGUGUUCCUUGUCAGUGAUUGUGAAGUGGAAACAGGUUAUGACACGAGACAGUAUUCUUCUUAUGUGUUUAUGUUCAACUUGUGUUUGUUUGCUGCCAUCAUCGCUGGAGCUUUUAUUUCGACCAACAUUUAAGAAGUUUAGAUAUGCAUUGGUGAAUUCAUCUUUGGUGUUCUUUCUGUUUUCAUUUCAAGUACAUGAAAAAAGUAUUCUUUUAGCAGCAUUAAUGGUUUGUACCCUGAUACCUGAUCACCCAUUUUGGUGUUUCUGGUUCCUUCACAUUUCAACAUUCAGUAUGCUUCCAUUACUUGCGAAGGACGGACUAUUGGUGCCAUAUUUAUCUCUCAUGUGCCUCUAUGCAAUAUUGUUCUACAAUUUCUGUCCAGUGGAGAAGCAGGACAGGAUGGUGCAAUCAGAAUCAGCUGUCUGGAUUAAUAUAUUCAUUAAAUUAGCUUUUUGUAUAUCGAUGGUUGGUGUGAUCAUCCUAACUCUGGUGGCUGUAAUGGUCCCCCCUCCAGUACAUUUACCGGACCUUUUCUCGUUGGUUAUCUCCGUGUUCUCGUGUGCUCAUUUUCUCUUGUUUACAUUAUUCUUCCAUUACUGUCAGUUUACGAGUAAAAUAUUUCCCGGAAAAUUUACAGAAAAAUCAGACAGUAAUUUGACAAAGUCAAAGUCGGACUCAACACACAAAGCAAGAGCUGUGAAACCAAAGACAACAAAAGCCAAGAAGAAGAAACAGCAAUAAAUGGAAAGAAAAUGUUUAUGUAUUAAAAAUUAUAUUUUCUUGUGAUAAAUUGUUAACUGAAAUAGCAGCCUACACCUACAGUAAGCAGCGAAUCAAUUGUCCAGUUUGUUUUCUAACUUAUGCCUUAUACAGUUGAAGCUCAAUAUCUCGAACUUGUUGUCUUGAAAUUCGUUUUGAAGUCCUGCCUAGAAAAUAUGUGCAAAAAAUAUUAUUUUAAAUCAAAUUUCAGUUAUCUUAAGUAAAACGCUUGACCCUUUUGAAUUUGAUAUACCAAGUUUCAGCUGUACUUUGGUGACAAAGUGCUAAAAUACAAAUGAGCCGCACCAUGAGAAAACCAACAUAGUGCGUUUGCGACCAGCAUGGAUCCAGACCAGCCUGCACAUCCAUGCAGUCUGGUCAGGAUCCAUGCUGUACGCUUUCAAAGCCUAUUGCAAUUAGAGAAACCAUUAGUGAACAGCAUGGAUCCUGACCAGACUGCGCAGAUGCUGGUCUGGAUCCAUGCUGGUCGCAAAUGCACUAUGUUGGUUUUCUCAUGGUGCAGCUCAAAUCAGAAUCCAUGAAUAGUGUGGUUCUUAAUAGAUGUCAUGCCACGUAAUCUGACUCCAUGAAGAAUGUUAUGUAAAGUAGACCUGUAGCUUUAACAAGUGUGUUAAGUUUGAAACAACACUGCCAGGAGGGAAAGUUGGUUAUUGUUGUUACUUUAAGAAAAAAUAUGUUAUGGAUUUUCAGGUGGUGUCUUUAUUUGAAAUAUGUACCCUGCAAUACUGAAAGAAAUAUACCCCCUGAGAUAGAACAUUUUUAUAUUUUCUUUAUUCAAAGAUGGUUAAUCAGAUUUUGGUCAAGUCGCAGAUUUGCUAGAACAUUUAAAGUCUGAUCAUUUUACACUGAUUUUUGUCCAGGUUGCCCAUUCAAGAUUAGUGUUAUUUCAACUUAAGUAUAGACUUAAUUAAUAUACUUUUUCUAAGGAAUGAUAUAAAUGUAAGACCUUUUGUAUCAUAUUUUGUUAAAGAUUGCAUUUACAACUAUAUGUUUAGUUGAAAUUAAUUGGAAAAGAAAGUUACAGUUACCUCCCUUUGACUGUCAUAGUUAUGCAUGAAAAUAAAUGAGUUUAGAAGAUUAGACAUUUAAAACUUGCCUUUUGCUUCAGGUUGUUGAAAUACCCUGAUAUCUAUCAAAUGCAUAUGUAAAACUAGAAAUUAUAUUGAAAUAAAAAGAAAUAUCCCAAUA